UGAUGACAGUAGGGAUGUUAAUCGGUUAGCCAGCGGAAAUACGUUUGACUUGUCAUGCAUAUCGGUCUGUAGGUUAGUUUGCGAACCUCCCGUUCUUCAUUCGGAUGCAUAGGCUAUAGCCUGCCUACCUUUGACUAUCAGCGCACCUCCCACCACUUUGCAAUGUGAGCUUGAGGCAGUAUAAUUGUUUGAAACCUGAACGUUUUACUUUACUUAUAAGGCUCUCCUCCAUCUAACCGCUUCUCCUCCUCUCUCCCGGCCCCUGGGUCAGGGAAUGUGCCAGCCCUGGAGAUGCCUUACGUGGAUCGGCAGAACCGGAUCUGUGGCUUCCUGGACAUCGAGGAAAACGAGAGCAGUGGGAAGUUCCUGCGCCGCUACUUCAUCCUGGACACCCAGCCGGGCAGCCUGGUGUGGUACAUGGAUAACCCUCAGAACCUGCCCAUUGGUGCGGACUGUGUUGGCUCACUCAAACUCACAUACAUCUCCAAGGUCAGCGACGCCACUAAGCAAAGACCAAAGGCGGAGUUUUGCUUUGUCAUCAAUGCUGGCAUGAGGAAAUUCUUCCUCCAGGCCAAUGAUCAGCAGGACCUGGUGGAAUGGGUGAAUGCUCUCAACAAGGCCACCAAAAUCACUGUGCCAAAGUCAUGUAAUGCCCAACAGAAUGUGGAGAACCAGAAAGCACUUCUGGACAUCCUGGGACCCAAGAAGCAGGUCUCCUACAGGACUGACAUCAUUGGGGGAGUUCCCAUCAUCACCCAGACGCAGCAGGAAGGGGGAGAGGGCCAGGAGGGUUCGGAGCGUGAGUUGCUGCGGAGGUCGUACAGCCAGCUGCCAUACUUCCUGGGCAGGCCAACCCAGGACCGGGCGGUCAUCAAGUCUGGAUACUGUGUGAAGCAGGGAGCUGUGGUGUGUGUAAUGGACUAUGGUGGGAUGAGAAAUUGGAAAAGAAGAUAUUUCUUACUGGAGGAUAACACCAUGAGUUACUUCAAAUCAGAUCUGGAGAAGGAGCCUCUGAGAAUGAUUCCAUUGAAGGAGGUCCACAAAGUUCAGGAGUGCAAACAGAGUGACAUCAUGAUGAGGGAUAAUCUCUUUGAGGUCGUCACCACUUCUAGGACUUUUUACAUCCAGGCUGACAGUCCAGAGGAGAUGCACAGCUGGAUCAAGGCUGUCUCUGGUGCCAUCGUAGCCCAGCGGGGACCUGGGAGAUCUGCAGCCACAAUGCGGCAGGCCAGACGGCUGUCAAACCCCUGUAUACAGAGGUAUACGGCCCGAAUCGGGGAGUGCAGCACUCUCCUGCAGCUGUGUACCUGUCUUAGAUGUCUCACAUCCUGCCUGUCUCUAGUUCUACCUCCUGUCCGCUGCCUCAGGAGCACUGUGGCCGUUCCUCCCCUUCCACAUUCUACCGCAGCCAACCGGGGCCCCCCGUCCCUCGCUCGCCCAUAUCUGCAGUGCCACCCUACCCAGGGUGCCCUUCUGUCGCGGGCAGUGCACGCUCGGAGCCUUGCGUGGGACAGCGAGCACUUCAUGAGCCUCCUGCCGCGACCCAACCACGCCCGACUGUCCCUGCAGGAGACACGCCUGUCCAAGUGACUGCCGACACUGCCCUCGAGUCGCCAUGGAGACGGCGCAGCAGCUUCGAGCCCUACCCACCUGAACCCCCCCUUGACCUGGACGCUGACGACUUGCCGGUCAGCGAAGUCUGACCCAUGAACUACCCCCACACUACCCCAUAACCUGGCAGAGGGGGUGGGCUACAGAGUAGAGGCUGUAUGACAACGGGGGAAAUGAGAAGAAUGCUUUUGAAUAUCUGAGAGUAGCUGAACAUUGGGCCGCUUGUCUCAUUUCCACAAAACUGAACAGAAGUAAUCUGGAUGGAAAUGACAGAAAG